AAUACAGUUAGUCUUCUACUAUAAUAAGUACAUUCCUCAAUUUACAACAACUAGCUGUUCCCACGACUUCGCACACGUAAAUUAUAGAAUAUGUUAACCUUAGCUACCUGUGGGUGAAAGAAUUUGUGCAAAUAAACAAUUAAAUAUUUCCUUCGAAAAUUGGACAUACUGUAAUAUGCCGAUAUUUUCUGUGAGCAUCCAAACCAGAAGGUCUACUCUGUUUCUCCGAAAACGAAAAUUCGUCUAUUUUCAUAACCCUUAUACGACUCUAAAGGAAUACAUUUUCGAUAAUUAAUAAUGAAACGGAGGUAGGACCCUGACAUUGCUUCUGACGUACAGAUAAUAUCGACGCAUGAUUUAAAAAAAAAUUGUAAGAGCCAUUCGAAAUUUUUGUAAUUUUCGUUCGUAAACAAACAGAGUAACCCCUCUGUCCAGUCAUGACCAUUAUCGCCAUUAUGUAUUAUAUUUUUGUUAAAUUUAAUUCUUAUUUGAAACGCAGAGUGCAAGCGAAGUAGCUUUAACAAUGCCAGUGUCUCCCGGUGGCUGGAAUGAAGAAGGACAAGCGGCCGGUCCGUCGGAUGGCCUGUCGUGGCGACGGCUGCACAUGUCACGGGCAAAGCUUAAAGCAACCGCUACCACAUCAGAACUCCUAUCAGGUUUCGCUAUGGUUGCAAUGGUGGAACUUCAAAUCAAUGAGCCGACGAACGUCCCAGAAUGGCUGUUUGUCAUGUUCGCCGUGUGCACUACGGUACUGGUAGCCGUACAUAUCUUCGCCCUGAUGAUCUCUACAUACUUAUUACCAAAUAUUGAUGCGGUAAGCAAGAUGGAAACGCCAGGGGGGCCAGCCAGAGCCCUAAGGGACUCCCCGCACGAGAGAAUGAGGGGAUUCAUCGAGCUCGCGUGGGCGUUCAGUACAGUUUUAGGUCUAUUUCUGUUCCUAGUAGAAAUAGCAAUAUUGUGUUGGGUGAAGUUUUGGGACUACUCCUUCGCUGCCGCCACUGCAGCCACCGUAAUUGUCAUACCAGUGUUAAUAGUGUUCGUGGCAUUCGCUAUUCAUUUCUACCACUCCCUAGUGGUACAGAAAUGCGAGACCUCAGUACAGGACAUCGAGCAAUUGGAAAGCAUGAAGAGGGAUUUGGAUACAGCCACCGUCAAAGUGAACAUGUUCUGAAAAUAGAAGAGGAAAUAGCGUCGGGGCAUAAUCUACUUUGGUGCUAUUAAAAUGAGCUUGGUUCUUCUACAACUAAGAACCUUGCCAUGUAGGAAAUUCGGGGUUGUUUUGAGCUUGGUUUUCCGCAACCAAGAACUUUAUAGGAAAAUGAGUUGCCGCUUAGUUAGCUUGUGAAACGAUAAGAUAUCGGUAUAGCAGCUAAUCUUAACGAGAUCUUACGCCGAACUAUGUUUCGAGGGAGAAUGAGAAAUGUAGAGAGAUAAGUACCGAGCCAUAAUUUACUUAAAGUUCUUUAGACUUCAUGAUGAGUAAGCCACCGAAAAAAAAUCUGAAUAAUCUGGUUCUAAGGCUUAUACCUAUUUUUUUAUCCUAAUAGUAUUAUGUGUGAAUGCAAUAACAGUAUGAAUGUUUGUUUCUUCCUCAAUUGUGUAGAAGUUUUUGUGAUUUGUAUUUUGGUAUGUCUAUAUAAAUGUAUGUUAAUAUAAAUAAAAAGUUAUAAGUAUAAUUAAUGCAGAAAGAAUAAAAGGCAAAAGCAAGACAUGAAUUAUAUAAAUACAAUCUUGGAAUUCUUUUAUAAACAUAGCCAAAUAAAUUAAUACUUGUGAAACCAUUUGACUGAGGCGAAGGAUUUUACGAUGGUUACUGCCUAGGUAAUAACAUUUUUAAUAUCUGUCAUUUUUACGAAAAACAAUCAUCAUGCCGCAUCAAACGACCUCGUCUUGAUGAGAUCAUAAAAAAACUUACUCAACGCCCACCAGAGGUAAUAUAACCAAAGUGUUAUUUAGAACAAUAUCGUGUCAAUACACUAAUAUUCCACAAUCUUAAAAUUCCACUCAGAAGCGUAACCUUCAUUGGUGUCAAAAGCUUUUUUUUUUGUAUGAGUUAUCUCAAUAAAAAAAUAUACGUAUGAAGUUUUAUAAUGACAUAAACAAGAAGA